AUGGCAUUCACACCCAGAGGAGGAGCCCCUCGCGGCAGAGGCGGAUUUGGCGGAGAUCGUGGCGGCAGAGGCGGCGGCAGGGGUGGGUUCGGCGACAGAGGUGGCAGAGGUGGCUCGCGUGGUGGUGGCUUCUCUCGCGGAGGCGGCGAUAGAGGCGGUCGUGGAGCCGCCGGAGCCAAGGGAGGCCAGAAGGCCAUCGUCGAGCCGCAUCGCCACGAGGGCGUUUUCAUUGCAAGAGGAAAAGAGGACAUGCUCGUGACACGCUCGAUGGCACCAGGAGUGGCAGUCUAUGGCGAGAAGCGCAUCACUGUCGAUUCGCCUGCUCCCGUUGUCGAGAACGGCGAGGCUGCUGCUACAACCAAGGUCGAAUACCGUGUCUGGAACCCUUUCCGCUCAAAGAUUGCCGCUGGUAUCCUCGGUGGUCUCCAGGACAUCUACAUGAAGCCCGGUAGCAAGGUUCUCUACCUCGGAUCCGCUUCUGGUACUUCGGUUUCUCACGUCGCUGAUAUCGUCGGUCCCACUGGUACCGUCUACGCCGUCGAGUUCUCUCACCGUUCCGGCCGUGAUCUGAUCAACAUGGCUACCCACCGUACCAACGUCAUCCCCAUCGUCGAGGACGCCCGUCACCCUCUCAAGUACCGCAUGCUCGUCGGCAUGGUCGACUGCAUCUUCGCCGAUGUUGCCCAGCCCGAUCAGGCCCGUAUCGUCGGUCUCAACGCCCACUUGUUCCUCAAGGUCGGCGGUGGUGUCCUUGUCUCCAUCAAGGCCAACUGUAUCGACUCGACUGCUGCCCCCGAGGCCGUCUUCGCCCGUGAGGUGCAAAAGAUGAGAGAGGAGCGCAUCAAGCCCAAGGAGCAGCUUACCCUCGAGCCCUUCGAGAGAGAUCACGCCAUGGUCGCUGGUAUCUACCAGCGCGCAGCAUAA